AACUACACCUCCCGACGGGCAGCGCGCGGCGGCGCCUGCGCCCUGGCACUUGUCGCCAUCUUGCCCCUUCGGAGGCACCGCAAACAAACCCAAUUCCUGGUGUCCCCUAGUCUGGGCGGAGGAGCCUUUUAGAUGAGCGCCGAAAGGCCAGGCAGGGAGGACAAGCUCUUUGGGGCUACCAAACAGAAGCAAUGCCUGUUGUGUGGCCAACCCUUUUGGAUCUCAGCAGGGAUGAAUGCAAACGAAUUCUUCGAAAACUGGAAUUGGAGGCAUAUGCUGGAGUUAUCAGUGCACUUCGGGCACAGGGGGAUCUCACCAAGGAAAAGAAAGAUCUUCUUGGAGAACUCUCAAAAGUUCUUAGCAUCUCAACAGAACGCCACCGUGCUGAAGUUCGGAGAGCAGUAAACGAUGAACGGUUAACAACAAUUGCACAUAAAAUGAAUUUAUCCUUAUAUUUGGGUGAAAGACCAAGUUACAGUAUGUCUGGACCUAAUAGCUCUUCAGAAUGGUCCAUCGAGGGUCGUCGCUUGGUGCCUCUGAUGCCCCGGCUAGUUCCCCAAACUGCCUUCACCGUGACAGCGAACGCUGUGGCCAAUGCGGCGAUCCAGCACAAUGCCUCCCUGCCAGUGCCUGCAGAAACAGGAAGCAAAGAAGUAGUGGUUUGCUAUUCCUACACAAGCACCACGUCAACCCCAACCUCUACCCCUGUUCCAAGUGGCAGCAUAGCAACGGUUAAGUCUCCAAGACCUGCCAGUCCUGCCUCCAAUGUAGUUGUCUUGCCAAGUGGAAGUACUGUGUAUGUCAAAAGUGUUAGCUGUUCAGAUGAAGAUGAAAAACCCAGAAAACGAAGGCGAACAAACUCUUCCAGCUCCUCUCCAGUUGUCCUAAAGGAAGUUCCAAAGGCUGUGGUCCCAGUCUCAAAGACCAUCACUGUGCCUGUGAGUGGCAGUCCCAAGAUGAGCAACAUCAUGCAGAGCAUUGCCAACUCCUUACCACCUCACAUGUCUCCUGUGAAAAUAACCUUUACCAAACCAUCAACCCAGACAACAAACACAACCACACAGAAGGUUAUUAUAGUGACCACAUCACCAAGUUCAACCUUCGUGCCCAACAUUCUCUCCAAAUCCCAUAACUAUGCAGCUGUCACCAAGCUUGUACCAACAUCAGUCAUUGCAUCCACAACUCAGAAGCCACCCGUUGUUAUAACUGCUUCACAGUCCUCUCUGGUCAGUAGUAGCAGCAGUGGCGGCAGCAGUUCUACUCCUUCACCCAUUCCUAGUACAGUUGCAGUAACAGCUGUGGUAUCCUCCACGCCAUCUGUGGUCAUGUCAACAGUAGCACAAGGUGUAUCUACGUCAGCAAUCAAAAUGGCAUCCACCAGACUUCCUUCCCCCAAAAGCCUCGUUAGUGCCCCCACCCAGAUUCUUGCACAGUUUCCUAAACAGCAUCAGCCAUCUCCUAAGCAGCAGGCGCAUCCAGUGCAGCCGCCAGCACAACAGCAAGUGACCCCGCCUCCCCCAGUGUCUCAGCAGCAGCCCCAGCAGCCAUCUUUGCCUCCCGGUAUCAAGCCCACCAUCCAAAUCAAGCAAGAGUCAGGUGUUAAAAUCAUCACCCAACAGGUUCAACCAAGUAAAAUUUUACCCAAGCCAGUGACUGCAACUCUGCCCACCAGUAGCAAUUCACCUAUUAUGGUGGUUAGCAGUAAUGGUGCAAUUAUGACGACUAAACUGGUAACCACUCCUACUGGCACACAGGCAACCUACACUCGACCAACAGUGAGCCCUUCCAUAGGCCGGAUGGCUGCAACCCCUGGAGCUGCAACCUAUGUAAAAACUACCAGUGGUAGCAUCAUUACAGUAGUGCCCAAAUCAUUAGCCACUUUGGGAGGCAAGAUAAUUAGCAGUAAUAUAGUUUCUGGAACGACUACCAAAAUCACUACAAUCCCAAUGACUUCCAAGCCCAAUGUAAUUGUUGUGCAAAAGACUACAGGAAAAGGAACAACCAUUCAAGGCCUCCCUGGCAAAAAUGUUGUCACAACAUUGCUAAAUGCUGGAGUAAGUAAAAGCUUGAACUGCACACUCAGCAGUCCACUGAAGAUGUUAAAGUCCAGCAAUACAGAUAUUUGCCCAAGGAUCUCAGAACCUCACAAUGGCCAGCGUAGCUUGAUUUUCCACUGCUAUGAGGGAGAAAAGACUAUUCAGACAGUGCCAACAGGAGCAAAGCCUGCUAUCAUCACUGCUACAAGACCCAUCACCAAAAUGAUUGUAACUCAGCCAAAAGGAAUAGGUUCCACAGUUCAGCCAGCAGCCAAAAUCAUCCCAACAAAAAUUGUUUAUGGGCAGCAAGGGAAAACACAGGUUCUUAUUAAACCUAAACCAGUGACCUUUCAAGCCACAGUUGUUAGUGAACAAACAAGACAAUUGGUAACAGAAACACUGCAGCAAGCAUCCAGAGUAGCCGAGGCUGGUAAUUCUUCUAUUCAGGAAGGAAAAGAAGAACCACCAAGCUACACGGAUAGUAGUUCCUCUUCUACAGAGUCUUCCCAAAGUUCCCAAGAUUCCCAGCCUGUAGUUCAUGUAAUUGCUUCCCGGCGUCAGGAUUGGUCAGAACAUGAGAUUGCAAUGGAGACUAGCCCCACCAUAAUAUAUCAGGAUGUAUCCAGUGAAUCACAAUCAGCUACUUCAACAAUCAAAGCUCUGUUAGAACUCCAACAGACAACAGUAAAGGAAAAAUUGGAGUCUAAACCAAGACAACCCACUAUUGACUUGAGUCAAAUGGCAGUGCCUAUUCAGAUGACACAGGAAAAGAGACACUCUCCUGAGAGCCCAUCAAUCGCUGUGGUAGAGUCAGAACUAGUUGCUGAGUACAUCACUGCUGAACGCACUGAUGAGGGAUCAGAGGUUGCUUUUCCCCUUCUAGUCAGCCAUCGCUCCCAGCCCCAACAGCCCUCUCAGCCUCCGCGGACUCUGCUUCAGCACGUGGCUCAGUCACAGACCGCAACACAGACCUCGGUGGUGGUGAAGUCCAUCCCCGCCUCUUCCCCGGGAGCCAUCACCCACAUCAUGCAGCAGGCAUUAAGCAGUCACACUGCUUUUACCAAACACAGCGAAGAACUUGCAACUGAGGAGGGUGAGGUUGAAGAGAUGGACACUUUAGACCCUCAGACAGGUCUGUUUUACCGAUCUGCCCUGACUCAGUCACAGUCACCUAAACAGCAGAAACUUAGCCAGCCUCAGCUGGAACAGACUCAGCUGCAAGUGAAAACUCUACAGUGCUUCCAGACUAAACAGAAGCAGACCAUCCACUUGCAGGCAGACCAGCUCCAGCACAAGCUCCCACAAAUGCCCCAGCUUUCCAUCAGGCAUCAGAAACUCACCCCUCUCCAGCAAGACCAAGCGCAGCCCAAGCCAGAUGCCCAGCACACACAGCAGCCUGGGGUGGCCAGAGACAGGCAGCUUCCGACCUUAAUGGCACAGCCCCCGCAAACUGUAGUGCAGGUGCUUGCAGUGAAAACCACCCAGCAGCUCCCCAAACUGCAGCAGGCUCCGAACCAACCAAAAAUCUACGUGCAACCCCAAACUCCCCAGAGCCAAAUGUCACUCCCGCUCCCUGCCUCGUCAGAGAAACAGCCGGCAAGCCAGGUGGAGCAACCAGUUAUAACUCAAGGACCCUCUGUUACAAAGAUAACUUUUGAGGGGCGCCAGGCCCCCACAGUCACAAAGAUAACUGGUGGCAGUUCUGUGCCUAAGCUGACAUCACCAGUUACAAGCCUGUCUCCCAUUCAGGCCUCUGAGAAGACAGCAGUGUCAGACAUUUUGAAAAUGUCUUUGAUGGAAGCUCAGAUUGACACAAAUGUAGAGCAUAUGGUAGUGGAUCCCCCAAAGAAGGCUCUUACCACUAGCAUGCUCACUGGUGAAGCAGGAUCAUUACCCUCCACCCACGUGGUGGCAGGGAUGGCGAAUUCCACUCCCCAGCAACAGAAAUGUAGAGAGUCCUGUUCAAGUCCACCUGCUGUUGGCCCUCCCCUAACAACCAGGAAAAUGGAUGCACCGGGAGUGCCUACGACAGGCCAGUUCAUGCGUGUUCAGAAUGUAGGCCAAAAGAAAGCUGAAGAGAGCCCAGCAGAAAUUAUCAUCCAGGCCAUUCCUCAGUACGCUAUUCCUUGCCACUCCAGCUCCAACGUGGUUGUGGAGCCCAGUGGGCUUCUUGAGCUGAACAACUUCACCAGUCAGCAGCUGGAUGAGGAUGAGACAGCCAUGGAGCAGGAUGUAGACAGUGGCACCGAGGAUGGACCUGAGCACAGCCCCUCGCAGAGCUCUGCGGAACAGCCCUAGCGUUGGGACGCGGCCAUGCACUUUAAAACCUGCUGGGUUACCAGUGUCCAGGGACACUUGUAUUUUGAUGUCUAUAAAAAAGCACUUUGCCCAUACUUAGGCUGUGGACCUUGAAACUGCAGUGUUUCAACAAGAUAUUGUUGCGGGAGCAACGUUUUAAACACGCUAAAAUUCACUGGGGAAUGUACCUUUUAGAAAAUUUUUAGAAAAAAGAAAGAAAAGAAAAAGAUGCACAUCUACCGAAACUUGACCUGGUAUUCUUUCUCGGUUGGACCAUAGGCCAAUAGGAAUGUUUGGUUUUGCUGUGGAAAGACUUUUCCUGUGAAUGUUUGUCAGCUCAUUUCCACUGAGCAAAAUGCCAUCAAAAUACUACAUAAGAAGAAGGAAAAUGUGAAUAGUUUGUAUUUUGAAAUGAUGUGUCAAGGAAUAAUUUUUUGAAAACCUUGUAUGUUUUUUGGAAAUCCUUGGGAGUGUUGAAUUGGUUAACAUUUUACAUUUGCUCAGUUCAUAGUUUAUAAAUAUCUAGGAAAAUACUAGCAUUAAAGAAUCCUUGCUGGAUGGUAGAAAUCAGAUCCCUAACCAGUGAAAAGUGCUUUUGGGGUGGUUUGUACAUUCUGGAUUGUAUGCUAAUUUAUUGUGUUGUUCUUUUGUGUGCUAGGCAGCACACUUGCCUUGUAUUUAUUUAAUGUAAACAUUUCAAAGCAGGCUGUAUUCCUUCUGAUACAUUUCUUGCCAACCAGGAUUGCCCUACUCUUUCUACCUUUCCCACUCCCACUUUGAGAAAAUGUACUAGAAAAUGUUUCAUUGAGAAGCAAAGGAAAAGAAACAUUUUCUGGCCCAAAGGAAAUAUUCAGUGAAGUUAUAUAAGGAAAAUGAAUUACUCAUUCAUUUUGUUUAAUGUUGAAAUUGCACAUUCAUGUUGGGCUGAGACGUUGAAAAUAACAUACGUUUUUGUUUGAGCCCCUUUGAAAUGUAUAAAAAGUUUACUAGCAGUUCUAAAUGCUUUUUAAGCAUUUUACUUUUUUAGGAUGCUGUUUAAGCAGUAUGUUUUGGUCUUAUGAUUGCUGUCUGACAAAGUGAGGAACAAGGGGUGGGCGAGUUGGAGUCAGUUUGACAAGUUGUGGCAAAGGAAACUAUACUUCCCAUUUUUAAAAGAUGUAAAUAGAAAGUUUUUAACGGUUUUAUAUAGAUUUCACUAUAAAUAAGCAUUUUAAGACUGACAAAUGUUGGAACUGUCUAUACCUAUAUCAGCAUAACUGCCCAAUUUUUUGGUGCUGAAGUACUGUAAGUAGAAUUCCUCAACAGACUCGUAGCUUUUGCAUCUCCUCCUGGGGAGAGAAGCUGGGGGGUUGCGGUGAGUCGUGCGUUCUCACUGGAGGGACGCUGACCCCCCGCACAGGCAUGCGGAAGAUGGCUCCGCUGGUUGUCAGUGUUGCUGCUGAGUGGUGGUGACGCACCCAUAGGUGGAGCUGUUGGAUAUCAUUUAUUGUACAAACUGAUGUUU